UCGCCCCCCUCAUGCCUUUGUGUGCGUGUGUGUAUGUGUGUGUGAGAAGCUGACUGCGUACGCGCAAAAGCGUGUGACGGAUGCUGUGCAUGGAAAAACCAGCUUUAUUUCCUAUUUCCUAUAGGUUUCCUGUUUAGCGGUUCUUGCGCAUCUUUUUUUUAUGCCAAACUGGAGGAAACCUGCAGGUGCAAGUGAAUGGGAGGAACUGGGUGGACGCACGUGAAUCCCUCCACUCUCACCCCCAAAGCCAGGAAAUAGAAAGGAGAGGGACGCGUAAGCAGCAAGUGCGGCAGAUCGGACUUUCCACCAUCAGCAUCUCUCCUCUCUCUCUCGCCAUCCCUGCUUUCUUUUUUUUUUUUUUUUCCGUGGAUGUCUCCCCACUUACCCCCAUCAGCCUCCUUCCCAGAGCAGCCACACGCCGGAGCGCUCUCUGAAUAUUAGAGGCAGAGGGGUGCUUUUUUCCUCUUCUUUUUUUGGAUUUCGGGGGUGACUUGAGAGAAGAUGGAUUAAAGGGGACGGUGCGCCGCAAAACUGGAGCAGCACGCACGACCACGCCGGGGGGGAAGGGGGCGACGGGAUUCGGUGAAUUCGCGGAGCCCCCGGGACAGAGGCUGUGACUGGUCCCACCCCAAGAUGACGUCCCCCAAAAACAAAGCCAAGAAGAAGCCGCCCAAAGACAGCAUGACGCUGCUGCCGUGCUUUUAUUUUGUAGAGCUCCCCAUCGUCCUGUCCUCCUUGGUGUCCCUGUACUUCUUGGAGCUGACAGAUGUUUUGUCCCCGGCAAUGGUGGGCUUCCGUUGCCAUGACCGCGAUCUCUCCAUGCCCUAUGUGGAGACGGGCGAUGAGCUCAUCCCUCUUUUGAUGUUGCUGAGUUUGGCCUUUGCUGGUCCCGCAGCGUCCAUCAUGAUGGGGGAGGGUCUGAUGUACUGUAUGCAGUCCAAACUGAAGACUUGUCCCAAGUCGGAGGGCAGUAUAAAUGCCGGAGGCUGCAGCUUCAACUCCUUCCUACGCAGAACCGUGCGCUUUGUCGGUGUUCAUGUGUUCGGUCUCCUGGCAACAGCCCUGGUGACAGAUGUCAUCCAGUUAGCUACUGGUUACCACGCCCCUUUCUUCCUCACCGUCUGUCAGCCCAACUACACGGCCCCGGGAGUGUCAUGUGACAAUAACGCUUACAUCACACAGGACAUCUGCAUGGGGAAAGAUCAGUAUGCUAUUAUGUCAGCAAGGAAAACAUUUCCAUCCCAGCAUGCAACGCUCUCUGGCUUCGCUGCUGUAUAUAUCUCUAUGUAUUUCAACGCCAGCAUCAACAGCACGACGAAGCUGCUGAAGCCGCUGCUGGUGUUUGCUUUCUGCAUGGCGGCGGGCCUCGCUGGCCUGACGCAGAUAACUCAGCACCGCAGCCAUCCAAUAGACGUCUACGUGGGAUACCUCAUAGGAGCCGGCAUCGGAGUCUACCUGGCUGUAUAUGCUGUGGGAAACUUCAAAGCAUCAGAGGAAGAUGCUCCCACCUUACAGAGACUGGCUCUGUCCCAGCAGAAGGACGGUCUGAGGGUGUUGAGCCAGCGAAGCCACGAUUCGCUGUACAGAAAAACUCCGCGGGUGUCCGAGAGCAGGGAGGAGCUCGGGGCUGGGUUGGGGUCAGGAGCUCGAAGUAAGGUAAGGAGGGAGAAGGCGUCUCUGGCCUCCCUCAAACGAGCCAGCGCUGAUGUGGAGCUCCUGGCAACCCGUGGUCCCAUGGGCAAGGAAACAAUGGUAACCUUCAGCAACACUUUGCCCCGGGUUGCAAACGGCAGCAGCCCCAUCUCCCCUUCAGAGGAGCCAAUCGCAACCCAGCGCCACAUGACCUUCCACGUGCCCUUUGACCCCCAGAGGUCUCGGCAGCUUGUGUCCGAGUGGAAGCAGCGCUCGGUGGAGCUCCGCAGCCAGAGCUCCCGGGACGAGGAGGAGGGGAUGGACGGGAGAGAAGGGGGAGGCGAAGGAGGAGAAGGCGGCGACCAGGGGAUGCCGUCGUCCCUUUACCCCACGGUGCAGGCCAACAACAGCACGGCCACACCGACCGGAGCUAGGAUGGUGGUGGCGCCACCGCUCGUUCACAUCCCAGAGGAGGCCUCCCGGCCACCGCCUGUCUCCCCGAAGAGCGCCAAGACUCGAGCCAAGUGGUUGUCGCUCACAGAGGGAGGAGUGAAGGAGCCUGGAAUAGGACCCAUCGCUGUGUCGACUCCCAGAGUGCCCAACACUCAACCCAACCAGCCUCCCAGCCAGCAGAGAGUCACUCAGGUCAUAGCCAUGUCCAAGCAGCAAGGUCACGGUCCGGUGAAUUUAUCCACCAAGACGUCUGAGGGUGGCUCCUCCUCCGGUGGCGGCUCCAACUGCUCUGAAUCACCGUAUUAUCGGAUCCCAUCUGAUCGAGACAGCUGCACUGGGAGCAACCCAGGCAGCAUCGCUGGCAGUGGGAGCAUCGUCACCAUCGACGCUCACGCCCCCCACCACCCGGUGGUGCGCGUCUCGGCCAGCAACGGCAAGCCGUGGGAGUGGAGGAACACCAUCAGCGGCAACAUGAUGACGGCCGACCCGGCGGGCGACAAGCACCGCGCGGCGCUGCAGCGGCAGGACAAUGUGAGCCACUACCGGGACUACCGGACGCUGCCGGUGAAAACGGACUCGCUCUGCUCCUCCUCGGCCAGCGGCAGCGCAGAGGGCGGAGCCGAGCUGCCUCCCCCACCACUCCCCACCUCUUCCUCCCCUCUCCCUCCCCCACCUCAGCUGCUGUCAUCCCCUCUCCCACCGCCGCCCCCGCACUCGUCCUCGUCCCCCCUUCCUCCCCCUCCACACCCCGGCAGCUCCUCUCCGAUGCCUCCGCCUCCCAUCCACCCUGCCUCCUCUCACAUGCCCCCACCUCCUCACCCGUCCUCUCAGAUGUCCCCGCCGCCCCUCCCGCCAUCCUCCCAAAUGCCCCCGCCUCCUCACCCGUCUCCCUCCCAAAUGCCCCCGCCUCCUCACCCAUCCUCCUCCCAAAUGCUGCCGCCUCCUCACCCAUCCUCACAACUGCACCUACCUCCACAUCCCUCCUCUUCCCCUUUGCCUCCUCCACCUCAUCCCUCCUCCUCCAUGCCCCCGCCUCCUCACCCGUCUUGCUCCAGCAUGCUCCCUCCUCCCCCCCACCCUGAUUUAUUGAUAGACAGCCACGGCCAGGCGUUGUCCCGCUCCGGCACGCUGCCUCGCCGGCCGUCCGUGUCCGCCCGCAGCCAUGCCGAGCAGGAGCACUACUACAAGGCCAUGCAGAACGAAAGGAUGUUAUAGUGAAGGGGAAAGGUGCCGGACAUCUUUGUAAUAUCAGAGAUUGUACUUAGGAAGACUCUGCUGAAAAAGGACAGUGAAACAAAGUAGGUUGUGGCAGGUGAAUGGAGAUUUGACAUUUGAAAACGGUUUAGAGACCCUGAAUCCAGCAGUGACUUUGGGAAUGUCUGGCAGUGUAUGAACUCAGCGGGGGAGCUGCUUUUCCCUCCUCAUACAUGCUGCCCACAGCGCCAGCUCAACAGCCCUGACUGGAAAAAAGAACAGGCAAGAGAAGAAAGAGAAGCAUGGUGAAGAAUUAAAAAACUCUACUUCACCUCUGGUUUCAGCACGCACAUCCUCUGUGUUUCUAAGAUGAAUUCAAAGAGGGAACGAAGAGGCUGCAGCUGAAAGAGAGAUAUCACAACGAACGGCCUGGGAUUUGCUAAAUCAAGUUUCCCUUGACAUGGGGGAUAAGACAGAGAAAACAAAACAACUACAGGCAAUACUAGCUCUUCUUAAACUCCACACAGCUGUUUGAGGUUGCCAUUCAAUUACACAACAGAGAAUUUACUCUUGUAAAGCUCUUGUUUCAAAGCACCCAACAGCUGCGGAAAGCAGGAAAGGAUGCGGUGAGGUCAAGUUCAACCACAGGUUCAAGAGCAUUAGCCACAACUUGCAGAAGGAUGAGAGCUUUUACCCCUCUAUAAACACACCAAAUGGGGAAUUUUAUGUUUGAUGCCAAGCAAAUGUGUCAGUAUCCACCAGAGAGAGGCAGCUUAGGAAGCAUUGCUUGUGGAUGGGGAGUGAGAAGAAGAAGAAGGAGGAGGAGGGGAGUAAGGAGGAUCAUGCACAGUUGGACACCCCUAUACAGACGUCACUGAAUGGAUUACUGUUGUAAACAUGAGAGGCGGUGGAACGGAAAGAGAAUUGUUUCUAAAACGAAGAGGGUUUCUGGGCCUCGCAGCACAGCGAGCCACUCAGACGGUCUUGUGUUCGCUGCGUGCAAAAACCUGCCGCGGAACGGAGGUUGAAGCCGCGCUAAGGAGAUUAACGUUUGUUUAUCAAACCAUGCUAGCACACCCUUCGCUUUUUUGGUCCCUCUGGCAAACCACAAUAGUGAUGAGAAUGUUUAUGGAAAGCUGCCCGGCAAGUGGCGCAGCACAAAAUAAUGGCUAAAGCAGGUUCUGGUUGGACGCGGCUUCAUAGAUGAGUAAUAAAACAUGAAGAGCAACUUUGGAAUUGUCAGGUUGUUAAAAAAAAAAAAAAAAAAAAAGAUCUUUCAAUGGUGUGUAUCCAUGUUUUUUUUAAUCUAGGUUUCUGGAUUAUCAGAAAGACCUCUGCAGGAAAUCUAUUUAUUCACAACUUAGUAAUAUGUACAAUUCCAGACUCCAUCCAUCCAUUAAUUGAUUAACUAGAAUCAUUUAUUUGUUGCAGGAUCAGGACAGAUUGCCAGUCUAUCACUGAUCAACCCUUUAUUAAUUACGCCUUAUUUAAGUGAGACUUUUUUGUUUUCAAAAAUGAAAUAAAUCCCUAGUUUGUUCCUAAAAUUAGUGUUAACAACCAACACCAUGUCAGGGCAACAGAAUUUCAAAACAGUCUCAGUUCAAGGUUCACUUGCCCACUUGUUUAAGCGCUAUUAAACCACUUUGUGGUUUGCUCACAGAACUGUAGCUGUUCAUACAGACUACGGCCAAAAUACAGCUGCUGAUGACAAAGAAAACAAAGAAAGAGAACAGAAAGGUCCAAAACAACCAAGUAAGUGGGUAUUGACAUGAGAUAAUAUUGUGAACUGCUGUUCCCAGCUCUGAGAAUGAGCAUUAAACCAAAAAAAUCUUCAUAUUUAGUCCUGUGAUUAUGCAAAAAGGAUAUCUGUGAGACAUCUGAAAUUAUUUUAAAACAUUUCUGAUACUGAUUGAGUUUAGUCAUUUAUCAAGCAAAAAUGCCAAAAAAUUGAGAAUUUUGGUGUUGAAAACUUGCGAAAACAGCAUUGAUCAUGUCGCCAAUUAGCUAAAUAUUCUGAAAAUCAAUAAUUUUACUCCUAAAUUAUACUCAAAGUAGAGACAAUGUGGUUUUCUUCCUGCUCACUCCUUCCUCUUGUGUGUAUUAACACUCCAUUGUACAAAGCUGUUAUCCAGUACCUCUCAUUUUUCUGUCAGAAGAUAUCUUCUUGAAGGACAAGUGCUUUAUUUUCGAGCAUAAUUUUUAUCAUGUGUUGAUAAAAAUACAGACUCAAACAUUCAGAUGAAGUUCUACCUAGGCUCCAAAACAUCAUGAGGGACACGUGAACAGGUUUUUGUAAAGUCGUGCUAGAAAGAGGCAGUGGAACAAGUUGUAUUUUGUAGUGGCGCUCCUUCCACGGGGAGCUGGUAGAUAAAGUUGCUCGUCAGUUUGUGCUGCAUGUGUGUACGAGUGUUUUUUUUUUUAUUAACUUCUGUGCUUCGAGCCUGCACCGUCAGGCGGACACGCUGGUGAUUAUCGUACAAUUUUGCCCCCUUUUGACUGUAAAAAAAAUUCUUCUCUAAUAUUAUUAAUACUAUUAUUAUUCCACAGUCCUCUUUUUUUAAUGGACUAAUGUUUUCUAUCUGUGGUGAUGUGUAACAUUAAUAACCUUAUUGAAUAAAAAACCAAAAAAUAA